AUGACGUCAAGAUAUCAAACGUUUUCUUUUCAGGGUCAUCACAGUCUUAAACAGGAUAAUGCCCAAAAGUUAUCUAAAAUAAUGCCUACAUUCUUAAUGUAUUUACAAGAAUGCCAAAAGAAAUUUGAUGUCCCAAAUCGGUUUUUGCGUUCUCAGCUUGGAAUGCUAACUGAAGAUGAAGAAAUAAAAUUAGGUCAAUUUGAUCUUUGUACCCAUAUAAAGAUGGGAUUGAUGACUGUUACAGGCGAUUUGGUGGAUACGAAAAUUAGGGAAAUUUAUAAACUUCAAGGACAAAGUGAUAAACAUUUGGAUAAAAUUUUGUCACAAUGUAGAAGCCACGAUAGAAGAACACCAGAAGAAAAAGCUUUGUUCUACGUACGGUGUUUACAGAGUUUUCCACUACAACAUACAAAAUCGACUUCUUGA